AUGAACGUAGAAUCAGAAAAUAAAGAGUGUGAUACUUAUGAACUCAACUCAACAAAUUCUCAUCCUUCAAUUUCAAUUGAUAAAUAUGAAUCUUCUCUAGAAUCCAAAGAAUUGUUAGGUCCUGAUGCAGUACUCCAUACAGGUGAAUAUAAAGUUAAUAAGAAUAUUCCUGAGACAUACUUGAAUAGUGAGGACACAGAGAGAGUUACGGAUUCAGAUAUAUAUCCUCAGAAACGGUUAUUAUCUUUGUUUUUCAGUAAAAAAGUGGAUCCAAUUCCUCAGAAUGAUGAUGAAAGGAAACUAUUCCCACUCUUUAAUACCAAUAUCAUCUCAAGAAUAUUUGUUUGGUGGGUCACUCCAUUACUACGCGUGGGUUAUAAGAGAACUCUCCAACCUAACGAUAUGUAUAAGAUGGAUCAACGGAUGGCCAUAUCUACUAUACAUGAUACUUUUAUAAAACAUUACAGAUAUUAUCAAGAGAGAGCUCAAACAAGUUAUAGGAAAGAACAUCCAAAUGCCUCCGACAUUGAAAUUAAGAAAAAUGCAAAACUUCCAAAAUUGAUCUUGGUUAAAGUAUUAUUUUUCACAUUUAAAAAACAAUACCUAACAUCGUGUCUGUUGGCCUUGUUAGCAAAUUGUGCUCUGGGGUUUAACCCAAUGCUAACUAAGCGCUUAAUUGCAUUUGUUGAGGAAAAAGCUAUGAACCAUCAUUUAAAGGUUAAUAAAGGUAUCGGAUAUGCCUUUGGUACUACUUUAAUACUAUUAUUCAAUGGUUUUACAUAUAACCAUUUCUUUCAGUACGGUAUGUUGACCGGUUCACAAGCGAAGUCAGUUCUGACGAGAACUGUACUUGCCAAGAUGUUCAGGAUGUCUAAUUAUUCAAAACAUAAAUAUCCAAGUGGUAAAGUAAUUACAUUUAUAACCAAUGAUUUGGCCAGAAUCGAGUUUGCGUUAAUGUUUCAACCGUUCAUUAGCGGAUUUCCUGCAAUUAUUGCCAUUGCAACUGUCCUUUUGAUUGUCAAUUUAGGCGCGAUUGCAUUAGUUGGUCUUGGUUUAUUCUUCGUUGCACUAUGUUGUACUUUCUUCUUAUUCAAAAAGAUGUUUGAUUUUAGAAUUGCUGCAAAUGUCUUCACAGAUGAAAGAGUUAGUAAAAUGAGAGAAAUAUUAAGUAAUAUGAAAAUGGUCAAAUACUAUGCUUGGGAGGAUGCCUAUGAGUCAAAUAUUCGUGAUAUCAGAUCUCAGGAAAUCAAAGCCCUUCGAAAGAUGCAAUACACUCUCAAUUUUAUCAUGGCACUAGCAUUUGCUAUUCCUAAUAUUUCUUCGUUGGUCACUUUUCUUUGUAUGUACAAAGUAAACAAUAUGGGAAGAACACCUAGUAACCUGUUUUCUUCUCUAUCAUUAUUUCAGGUUUUAAGUCUCCAGAUGUUUUUUUUCCCCAUAGUUAUCGGUACUUCUAUUGAUUUAAUUAUUAGUUUAACUCGUGUACAGGCAUUACUUGAAAGUGAAGAAGAGAAUGAGCCACGUCUAAACAUCGGCAACAUAUCAACUCAUGUGGAGUCCGAUAUUGCUAUAAAAGUGGAUCAUGCCUCUUUUGAGUGGGAAGACUUUGAAUUACUGGACGCAUUAGAGAAAGAGAAAGAGGAAUUAAAUCACCAACACAAGAAAAGUAAAAAUAAAGAUAAAACUAUAUCUAUAAAAGUCGAGUCAACACAACUACCCCCUAUUGAACAAAAAGAUAAAGAAAAUUCUAUUAAGAAUUUUAAGAAUUUAAAUUUCGAAAUUAAGAAAGGUGAGUUUGUUAUGAUCACUGGUCCGAUAGGUUGUGGUAAAACGUCUUUAUUAAAUGCUCUUAAUGGUACUAUGAAUAAAAUAAAGGGUGAGGUUUACGUCAAUGGAAGUAUGUUAAUGGGCGGCUAUCCAUGGAUUCAAAAUGCAACAGUUAGGGAUAAUAUUUUAUUUGGUUGUCCUUUUAACAAAUCAAAAUACGAUAAAAUUGUAAAAGUGUGUUGUCUAGAAGAUGACAUGAAAAUUUUACCAGCUGGAGAUAAAACCGAAAUUGGUGAACGUGGUAUUAACUUGUCAGGUGGUCAGAAAGCUCGAAUUAAUCUUGCUAGAGCAGUUUAUAGAAAUGAAGAUAUUUUUUUAUUUGAUGACGUGCUAAGUGCAGUCGAUGCUCGUGUUGGUAAGACUAUUAUGGAUGACUGUUUAUGUGGAUUAUUAUCAAAUAAGACAAGGUUGUUAGCAACACAUCAAUUAUCUUUACUAGAACGUGCUGAUAAAGUAAUCGUUCUGGACUCAAAAGGAUCUUUUGAAAUUGGCUAUGUUGACAGAAUGAAAAAGGAAAAUGAAACUCUAAUUAAUCUUCUAAAAUUUGCUUCUAAAAAUAAUGAAACUGAAAAAACUAAUAUUGAGUCGAAUGAUAUUGCUCAAGAAGAAUUACAUGACCCCAAAAAUUUUAAGGGUAAUGAUACAAAUAACAUUUUUGAUGAUGGUAACUUAAUAAUCAAGGAGGAGAGAGCUGUAAACAGCAUUAAAUUUGGCGUUUAUAGAGAGUACAUCAAUUCAGGUAUUGGUAAGGCCGGUGGUUCAAUGAUAUUACUUUUAGUUUUUUUAAUAGCAUCUACCACAUUUUUCGGUAUAUUUUCAUCUGUUUGGCUGUCGUAUUGGACAGAAGAUAAGUUUAAAGAUAGGUCAACAAGUUUUUAUAUGGGGAUGUAUUCUUUUUUUGUGUUUGGAAAUUUCAUUUUUAUGGCUAUCCUCUUUACAUUAAUAUGCCACAUCGGUGUCAUGGCUUCCAUGAAACUAAAUUUAAAAGCUGUUGGAAGAAUACUGCACACUCCAAUGAGCUACCUGGAUACCACCCCUAUGGGCCGUAUUCUAAACCGUUUCACUAAGGACACUGACGCACUUGACCAUGAAAUUACUGAUAAUCUUCGUUUAUUUAUGUACCAAACAGGUGAAGUAAUUGGUAUUUGUGUUAUGUGCAUUGUUUACCUACCUUGGUUUGCUAUUGCUAUCCCAUUUAUUUUAUGUGCACUCAUAGUUAUUACAGACCAUUAUCAAAGUUCUGGUAGAGAAAUUAGAAGAUUAGAGGCUAUUCAGAGGUCAUAUGUGUACAAUAAUAUCAACGAAGUACUUGGCGGUAUGGAAACUAUAAGGAAUUACAGAGCAGAGGAUAGGUUUCAAGCAAAAUCUGACUACUUGAUAGACAAAAUGAAUGAAGCAAGUUACUUAUAUAUUGCUCUUCAAAUUUGGGUUGCUAUAUUUUUAGAUAUCGUUGCUUCAUCAUUUGCGUUAAUCAUUACUCUCCUUUGUGUUACAAGAGCAUUUCCAAUUAGCGCUGGUUCAGUUGGUGUUCUGUUGUCAUAUGUUUUACAACUACCAAGUAUGUUUAACAACGUCCUAAGAACAUUUACUCAAUGCGAAAAUGAUAUGAACAGUGCUGAGAGAUUAGUUGAAUAUGCAACCAAACUGCCACUGGAGCCUGACUACAAAAGAACAGAUUAUGCUCCAAAUGAAUCUUGGCCACAACGUGGUACUAUUGAAUUUUCCAAUGUAUUCUUUGCAUAUCGUAAUGGAUUACCACCAGUAUUGAAAAAUGUCAAUCUACAUAUCGCAGAUGGUGAAAAAAUUGGUAUAUGUGGUAGAACUGGUGCAGGUAAAUCUACAAUUAUGAGUGCACUUUAUCGAUUAAAUGAACUCAAUAAAGGUACUAUUAAAAUAGAUGGAUUAGACAUUUCGAAACUGGGUUUGUAUGAUCUUCGUAGAAAAUUAACAAUUAUCCCACAAGACCCAGUAUUAUUUAAAGGCACUAUAAGAAAAAAUUUAGAUCCAUUUGGUGAAUAUGAAGAUAAAUUGCUCUGGGAUGCUUUGGAGAAGAGUGGGGCCAUUGAGCAAGAAGAAUUAUCUAAUGCAAAACUUGAAAUUACAAGUGAUAAGGAUACUCACGUGGACAUGCAUCGAUUCCAUUUAGACCAAAGUGUUGAGGAAGAAGGGACCAAUUUUUCCCUUGGUGAAAGACAAGUUUUGGCUUUAAGUAGAGCUUUAGUUCGCCAUUCAAAGAUUCUUAUCCUUGAUGAAGCCACUUCUUCUGUUGAUUACAAGACGGAUGACAAUAUUCAGAAACGUAUUGUUGAUGCUUUCAGCGAUUGUACCAUUCUUUGUAUAGCACAUAGAAUUAAGACAAUUUUAGAUUAUGACAGAAUUAUUGUCAUGGAUCAAGGUGAAAUUGUUGAAAACAAUUCUCCUUAUACGUUAUUUUCUGACAAGUCAAGCAUAUUCAGAGAUAUGUGUUUACGUUCUGGGAUUACCAAUUCUGAUUUCAAACAUUAA